CCGUACAGACUCUAUGUACCGCCUGUGCUGGGUCGUUCCUGGGCGGGUACUUCUCCAGACGUCUGAGGAUGACCGCCAUGACAGCCAUCUACUUCAUCUUGGUGGCCAUUUCCGUUUGUCUGCUUGCUCAACUCCUUGGGUUUAUCUUUGGAUGUGAGCAAGCGACCGUUCACAACCAGCCAAGUGAGGAGAGCAGCUGCAACAGGGGAUGUAACUGCAGGGACAACAGUUACUUCCCCAUCUGUGGAGACGAUGGCAGGACCUACUACUCUCCUUGUCACGCCGGCUGUCUCCAGACGGAGCAUGGG